UGUGUUCUAAUUAUAACCUGACUUCCCUUACUUCUUUGGAGUUUAACCUUUUAAAGUUUUUUUUUUUUUGCCUUCCUGUAUCGAUCCUCAGAUGUAACGUUUACGAUAAGAAGCAGACAAAAGCAGAAUACAACGGGGGCCUAUUUUAAGACAUUCCACAAUGACUCAUCCUGCCUUUUUUAACCUUUCACCGCACUUCUUCCUUUACAUUUCCUACAUGGAUCAUUUUUGUGUUUAUGUAUUGAUAAAGUUCUGUCUAUGAAUUUAGAAUUCUUGGCUGUGUUUGCCUGCCUUCCCACUUCUGUGUCUGUCUAGCUACCUAUCUACUGAUUCAUUUAUCACAAAUACUUCUCAGCAUCAUCAAUGUGACAUCAUUGUCCACUCCUUUGCAGCUUUUAAGAACCCCAAACCUCUGGGAAUCCAUAUUGCGAGGGGCCAAUAUCCUCUGGAAAAACAUCUGGGGGAAACUCAACAAUAAACCAGUGAUUUACUCCAAUUAGAUAAUCCCAACAGGACAAAUUCUGGGUCAAGCGCCCGCCUGCCCUCCUACGCUCCCUGUCAGGCUCAGGUGAGUGGGAUAGUCUGUUGGCAGCUAACGGGUUAGUGUCUGUCUCCCCCCUACACCUCCUCACUUCAUCCCUUCACCCCCCUUCAUCUCAGAGGGCUAUAUAUUGGAGGUUGUGACUCGUCUGCAUCUUAAGCAUCACUCGCACCCGCAGACACUCAAACACACGCGUGUCUGGUUCAUUUUGAGCGACGGCUCGGACGAAGAGCAUACUCUAGCGAUGAGGUCCCUGUUGAAGCUGGUUGUGAUUCUGUUUUGCGUGCAGAGCGGAGAGAGCCACUGGCUGAGAACACUGAUUGAUCAGGAACAAGAAACAGCAUCUCCACACAAGUCACCAAAUGAUGACAAGAGAAACGGAGAUGCAGCUGCAGAAGACGGCCAAACAGAAGCUUCUGGAGUCAGCCCAUCGCCAGAUCCCAUCAUCCCGAUCCCAGUCCGGUCACGCCGCUCUACUCUAGACUCCCAUUGUAGCCUGCGCUCCAUCCUGCUGCAGGUUCGAGACCUCGGGCUGGGCUACGACUCAGACGAGACCGUCCUCUUCAAGUACUGCAGUGGGACGUGUCCCCACGUUCGCUCCAACCACGACCUCACCCUUACCAACCUGUUGCUAAGCGGGGUGCUCCCUCAACCUGCACCUGGGGAGCUGUGGCACAACACGCCUUGCUGCAGGCCCACCCACCACGAGGACAUAGCCUUCCUCGAUAACUCGCACCGCUGGCACAAGGUGGAGAAGCUGUCGGCCGCAGGCUGCAGCUGUGUGGGCUAGACAGCUGAGCGUAGACGGUUGAAGAGGGGAGGUGAGAGAGUAGGGGUGUAUGGGGAUGGUUCGUGAGGACAAGGCGAUUCGGAGAGGACAAGUUUGCUGACAGGUUCUCUUGUAAUGUCUGUAAAUGAAGUGUUUCAUUCCAAAAUGACAUACUGUUGAGGAAGCUGAACCCUAUUCUUACAAAGUUAUUUAUGUCAAAAUCAAUGAGCACAAAAUUAAGCUAUUUUUUUUCACUUUUGGGUGAAAACCUCAUGAAUCCAGUGGUGAUAAUUUAAAUGUUUUGAUUUCAACUGGUGAUCUCAUGGGCCUCAGUUGGAUUAGAAUUUUAUUACUUUUGGCAUUUGCAAACUAAAAAACUACUCUGAUAGCAGUCAAGCUAAAAAAAAAAAAAAAAUAGAAAAAACAUCAGGGGAGUUUUUCAUCUGACGUUAGCAAAAAAUACAUAUAGGAAAUUAGCUCUUCAAAUGUAAGUACUUUUUUAAAAAUGAAAGCACUGCUCAGCUGAUUCUGCCCUAUUCUGAAUCUGGAUUUCCUGACAAAGCAGUCUAAAAAGGGUACAACUGAGCAGAGACAUGAUUCUACUACCAAAUACUUGACUAUUUUGUAAAUAAGCUGACAUGUAUUUAUUUAAAAUCUUCAGUGCAAUUUUGGGGUUAAUAAUAGAACGGAUCAUAUGUACGAAGCUGCGUAGAUACACCUUGUGGUUUGACAGCUGAGUGAAGUUCUUCACAAUUCACACUUAUUCGUCAAUAGUCCAGAUACAGCUUUUAAAAAUGUAUUUAUGUAAGAUAAGUUAUUUAUUUAUUUGUUGCCAUUCUUUUGUCAUGCUGAUUAACUUAUUUU